AUGGAACCGUUCCUCCCCAAACCACCCAGUCGGCAUCACCGGAUACAGAAGCCCGGGCGCGAGUGGAGUUCCCACCACCCCGUGAGCAUUCCCGAAAUGCAGGAGAAGUUGAGGCACGUCAUUACGGAAGCAGCCCAGAAUGACAAGUUGGGAUUGAUUGACUGGGAAAGGCUACCUUUGCCUCAAACCAUGGUGCAAAACGAACGCAACAAGGUCCUGGCCAACCCCAGCUCUUCAAACUGGGCUUCCAGUCACCCAGCUUCUCCCGGGGAUGCCACACGGAAGCGAAAGUCAACUGAUGGCCAUCAUUCGGAAACUGGAUCGCCGCCAUGGAGAAAAGCUAACCGCAAUCGUUUUGAAGAUCGAGUUACUCACCCUACCACAGAAAAAAAGCCACGCAUAACACUGGACCAGUCUAGUAAGUCCAAAGCUAAUUUGGAGAUGAGGAGAAAGCGUUUUGAGGGAGUAGGGGCCAGCGGGAAGUCUCCCUCUUCUCCCGCAGGGUCGCCGAUGCAUGCUGUGGACGCGGAUCAAGGCCCCGUUGUCGGGCGAUGCCAAACAUUAGAGAAGAACUACUUCCGAUUGACCUCUGCUCCCAACCCGGACAGUGUUCGUCCUCUGCCAGUCUUGAAAAAGGCCUUGGAUUUAUUGAAGAGAAAAUGGAAGCACGAUAGCAACUAUGGUUAUAUCUGUGACCAGUUCAAGUCUCUGCGUCAAGACCUAACGGUCCAGCGCAUUCGAAAUGAAUUCACUGUCAUUGUCUACGAAAUCCACGCACGUAUCGCCUUGGAAAAGGGGGAUCUUGGUGAGUACAACCAGUGCCAGACCCAGCUACGAGUGCUCUAUGCCCAGCAGCUGGGAGGACACCCAACAGAAUUCAAGGCCUAUCGUAUUCUCUAUUUCAUUUACACGCGAAACUGGACAGCGAUGAACGAUGCACUAGCCGAUGUGACUGCAGAAGAUAAGAAAGACCUGGCCGUGAAGCAUGCCCUGGAUGUCCGCUCUGCCCUUGCACUCGGGAACUACCAUCGUUUCUUCCAGCUGUACCUUGAUACGCCGAAUAUGGGAGCCUACCUUAUGGAUAUGUUUGUUGAUCGUGAGCGGUUGAGUGCUCUUGCAACCAUGUGUAGAGCAUACAAGCCAGAUGUCAACAUCCGAUUUAUCACAGAAGAGCUUGGAUUCGAGUCCGAUGAGCAGACCGCACGUUUUGUUCUAGACAACUCCUCCGAAGAGCUGCUGGAGGAGAGGAACGGAGCUGUAAGGCUGCUGACGGGCAAAGCAGGCUCGUUGUUCGAUCAAGCCAAAGCAGCCGCCCACCGUGUCGUCGAUAUCAAAGGCCAGAUCUAA